AUGCCGCCAGCUUUCGAGUUUCGAGGAAACGAUCGCCGGUCGCACUACAAUAAUAAACCAAGACACGAAUUCACAUUUCGGUAUGCGCGACCCUCGACGGCCGAACGGCCGCUUCUCACUCACAAGAGAGAGUCCACUCCAGAGCCCAUCCUAGGCGCUAAAUUGGGAGAUGAGCAACCUGGACUGCGAUUUGCACCUGUAUCCAGUCUUAGUGACAGCGAGGAAGCUGAAAUGGAUAUGUCUGAAGAAGAAGAAGAUGAUGAUGGGGCGUCGCAUCCGCGCAAAAAGCGGGCUUUAGAAACGGAUACUGCAUCUGCCCCCGUUCCCGCGCCAGUCCCAGCAGCUCCAAAAUGGUCCAACCCAGAUCCAUAUACUGUCCUCCCACCAACUGAUGAGAACGCGCCGAAGAGAGUCGACGUCGUGAAGUUGAUUCGGAAGGCGCGAAUCGCAGAGAAUGCAAAGCAAGCAGCAGCAGCAGAUGCAGUGACAACCAAUGAGGACUUUAUUUCAUUUAAUGGCUUGGUGGACGAGGAAGAAGCUAAGAUGAAGGUCCCGGACAAUGCUCCUUACGGGCCGAAGCGAAAUUUUCAAGGACAAGAUUCUGCUCUUGGAAACCGGAAGAGAACAUAUGAUGACGAGAUCAAGGGCUACUCCAAGAAGAGUGGAAGACCUAUGAACCGGUUUCACGAUGAUGGUUCGAUCAUUGAUGAGUGGAGAAGGCACCCUCAGGACGAUGGAAGACCUUGGAUGUCUCUUAUGGAGCCCUCGCUGCACUUGGGAUCUCGACUGCAUAAUGAAAUCUUGAGUUUCUAUCACUGGGUGAAACCAGUGCAGUAUGAACAGAUCGUCCGCGCAGACUUGAUUACGAGGCUACAAGUGGCGUUCCAAAGCCGGUAUCAUGGCGUGCAACUUCGCUCCUUUGGGUCUUUCGCUUCUGGAUUGUAUCUGCCUACCGCUGAUAUCGACCUUGUUCUCCUAUCAACAAACUUCAUGCGCAACGGCAUCAAGACUUUUGGCGAGCGUAAAGGCCAGAUCUAUGCCUUUGCGGCCUUCCUUAAGAAUUUGGAUAUAGCUGUCCCUAAUUCCAUCGAGACCAUCGCUCAUGCGCGUGUUCCGAUUUUGAAGUUUGUGGACAAGCUGACCGGCUUGAGGGUGGAUCUGUCGUUUGAUAAUGACAGUGGUCUCAUUGCCAACAACACUUUCCAGAGCUGGAAAUCCGAGUAUCCCGCAAUGCCUGUUAUUUUAUCUGUAGUAAAGCAGUUCUUGCUCCUCCGCGGCCUGAAUGAAGUCCCUACUGGUGGACUAGGAGGUUUCUCCAUUACUUGUCUUGUUACCAGCCUUCUCCAGCAUCUGCCUCAUGGCCACACGGCAUCUAACCUGGGGUGUAUACUCAUGGACUUUUUCGAAUUUUACGGUAACAGUUUCGACUUCGAGAAUGUGGGCAUACGCUUGAAUCCGCCUGGUUAUUUCAACAAGGUGAGAUUUUCGAUUGCAAAAUUAGAGAAUAACGACACCCGUCUCUCCAUAGAAGACCCCAAUAAUCCAGACAAUGAUGUGUCAGGCGGAACUCGCGAGAUCGCUCUAAUUUUUAGGGCUUUCUCGAGGGCCUUCCAGCGUCUCAAGGAGCGUAUGGUCUCCUCAGCGGUCUCCGGAGACUCAAAGGCUAGCAUCCUGGAAGCGAUCAUUGGUGCAAACUAUGAUGAAUAUGCAGAGCAGAGAUCGCAGCUGCGUAAAGUGUUUGAUACUCAUCCUAGAUUUGCUCAGUACCGUCGAGUUCCCACACCUCCGCCGCCGCCGCCGCGAGAGCCUCCUCCUUCCAUGGAGCCAGCUCCUCUGCCGCCUUCAUUACCUGCGAAACCCGGUUCUCGCAAAUCUGCUGCAGCGCCGCCGCCCCAGGAUCCCAAAGACAAAUUGACCAAGAUGCAACGGAAGCAGCAAGCAUCACGGGAACGCGCCGAUUGCUUGAAACUUCUUCGCCCUGACAUACCAGGAAUUCCAGACACUAUCAGCAACGAGCAAGCUUUGAGUCUUGGUGGCUAUCAGAAUCAAUCGGAGAUGGACAGAGACCUCGCAAGUCGAAAAAGAGAAAUGAAAAAAUCAGCAAAGAAGCGCUAA